AUGGCGGAGGCCGCCGCCGCAGCAGGAGCGACGCCACUCCUCCCCGGCAUCCCGGAUGAGAUCGCCAUCUGGGAGAUCCUCGUCCGCCUGCCCCCCAAAUCCCUCCUACGCUGCCGCGCCGUCUGCCCCACCUGGCGCCGCGCCACCUCCACCCGCCACUUCCUCCUCGCCCACCACCACCGCCAGCCCGCGCUCCCCCUCCUCUACGGGUACAAUUUCAUCGGCGACGACGUCGAGUCCCUGGACGUCAUCCCCUUCAACCACCAGGCAGGGGUCGCCGCCGCCGACCAGCUCCAGUCCGUCGCACGGCUUGCACAACCCACACCCCGUCUGGAUGCCUGCUUCCUUCUCGAGGCCUGCUGCGAUGGCCUCCUCGUGCUCUCUGCCCUUUACCCGCCAAACUUCUCCAUCUGCAACCCGGCGACUCGGGACUUUGCUCCCCUCCCGCAGCUUUAUGGUUUCACCCUCUUGGGGAUGUACCCGAACCCCCCUACUGGCGAGUCCGAGUACCGACUAUUGUUGUACCAGGCCUCGACGAAUCUGGCUCAAGGUGGCUCCUACGUCUACGAAUUAGGCUCCGGCCAGCCGCCGAGGCACAUAGGGUGCCCUGAUGCGAAGAAACUGAUACACUCCCCCGUAUCUCUGCUGUUUCGAGGUAGCCUGCAUUGGUGCACAACAAACCAAAUAAUGGUAUUCGACACCACCACUGAGUCGUUCCGGCAGAUUUGCUCUCCAAUUGUCCCUGCUGGUGAUACUGAAUUGUUUGAGAUGGGUGGCAUGCUUGCCAUGUCCUGUCUUAAUGAUGAAAGGACAACUCUUGAUAUCUGGGUGAUGCCAAAGUAUGAAGCGGAGGUCUGGGCUUUUAAAAAUCAUGUUGAAUUACCAAUUGGAGAGAUCAGGUUACAAUCUGGAAAUUGUGACUAUUGGAAUGUGGUAGUCACAUCUUGGGAUGGUGAUGUGCUCGUGCAGGUCCAAAUUGAUGACUGGCUACUUCAGGUUAACAUUGAUGGCAAGUUGGUUUCUAGUAUUCAUCGCAGAGGCCUCAGUCCUACUGAACAUCGGCUCACACAGAGUCUUGUGCGGCAUACCUUUUUCCCGACACUAGAGGGUUAUGUUGUCAAUGCUUCGCCUUUCAUCUGA